CAAAUGGAAGAAGAAGAAACCAAGGGGCGGAAGUGUGUGUAGUUCUGACAGGGCUAAACACUAAGCUAAGCUAAUAUGAAAGUGAGAGCAGUGUUAAUAGUGCGCACUUCCGCCUGUGUGUGAGUUCAUCAGUAAUCGGAUGGUGAUCUAAUCCUCUGGAGAUUCAAUAAAAGUGUAAUAGUGAUGUCUGAUAACGCGGAGGGGUUUGACCGGACUCCCGGAGCGGGCCGGACCCGGGGGAAGGCGAGUGGGCCUGGGCAGGGAGACAGCAGCAGACCCCGAGAGCCGGAGCUGGCGGACGGAGAGGCGGUGUUCAGCCACUGUCAGCCUCUCAGACAGCCGCGGACUGCUCUACCGGGACCGGGACCGGGACCCACCCCCGAGAGCUCAGACAGCAGAGUGUCCACCUUGUCGUCCAGCUCGUCUAACAGCAGCAGCGCAGCAGCAGUGAAACCUCGGCCCGGUCAGUGUGCAGUGUACGAGUCCAGACUGUCAGCACACGCCCCCGAGUUCAUCCCCUCCACCUAUACACCUGUCCAGGACGAUGUGUAUGAGGAGGACAGUUAUGAAGGUUACUACCCUGAGUUCUCUCUGGCGGAUGUGGUACAGGACAUCCUCAGCUACCUGAACUCGUCCCCAGGCUCGUUUGAGACGGACAUCGGGAACAUCACGGCCACGCUGAACGCCUGGGUGACCACGGAGGAGACUCUGAGGGAGCUGGUGGAGCUCAUCUUCACACAGUCCACUUCCAUGCCUAACUUCACCUACACGGGCGCUCGACUCUGCAACUUCCUGUCUCAUCACCUCACGCUGAGUCCAGCCAGCGGAAACUUCCGGCAGCUGCUACUCCAACGGUGUCAGACCGAGUAUGAUCAGAGACAGCAGGCCCUGAUGGGUGAUGAGGAAACUCAGAGGAAGUUUCACACUUAUGUUCUGUUUCUAGGAGAACUCUAUCUAAACCUUGAGGUGAAGAGUGUGAAGGGCACCAUGUCUCGGGCGGAGGUCCUCCUCAAUGCACUGAAGGCCCUGAUGGACGCACUCUUCUCUCAGCCCAAAGACAGAAACCUCAUCUGUGCGGUCAAGCUGCUGAAGCUCACAGGUUCAGUUCUGGAGGAUGCGUGGAAGCAGAGUGGAAAGUCUCACAUGGACGAACUGAUCAAGAAAAUCGAGGAAAUCUUACUGGACGCUCAGUGUAGCCGUGAUGUGAGACAGAUGUUGUUGAAGCUGGUGGAGUUGAGAUCGAGUAACUGGGGCAGAGUUCAUGCAGCAGCAGCUCACAACGAGGCCACGCCCGACAACGACCCCAACUACUACAUGAAUGAACCCACUUUCUACACUGCAGAUGGAACUCCAUUCACAGCUGCUGACCCAGAUUACUCGGAGAAAUACCAGGAGAUUUUAGAUCGAGAGGAUUACUUCCCAGAGUUCUUUGAGGAAAACGGAAAUGAAGCGCUGUACGGUGAGGAGGACGAGAUGGAGCCGGAGAUGGAGGAGGCGUUUGAGAAGUUCUGUCUGGAGACUGAGAGACAAAAACAAUAAAAGCUCUACAGUGCUGAAGUGUCUGCUGUGACCAUCACCAUGAAGAUCCACAGCAGACUUCAGCCUCGUUUUCUUUUCCAUCAUUACAGUGAAGAACAGGGGCUGGAUUUAGAGAGGUCAUUCUGCCUGGAGUUUCUCCUGGCUGCUGGACGACUGGCUACAGUCUGGACUUUUGUAUAGGUUUAGCUUUGUGGAGGAGAAGCCAGAGGUUUGCAGUGAGCUUCGAUUUCUUCAGUCAGAGACAUGGAACUGCUUCCUGUUAGUGGAGGAAGUGAGGAGAGAGGGUUCGAGUUUCAGGAUCUGGCUUUGAUCAGACAGAAGAGUUAAAAAAACAAACAGAUUUUCAGUGUUUUUCUUGUUUUCUUUCUUUUAGUUUCUGGUUCAUUUGGAACCUUUUUAAGAGUUUUACAGAUUAUGAUGCACUUCUGAGGAAAAUUUACUUCCUGAGUCCUGGAUUAGAGUCUGAGUGAAAGGAGGGGUGUGAGUUUCAUCACCACACACACACACACACACACACACACACACACACACACACAGAGGAAUGAUUAUUUUAUUAGAGUAUUGUAAAUAUUAUUGACUGCAUCGUUGCCUGCAAUAAAUCUUUCUAACAGCU